AUGCGGCGCAGGUCUCGGCUGCUGCUCUGCUUCGCCUUCCUCUGGGUGCUGGGCAUCGCCUACUACAUGUACUCGGGCGGUAGCGCCGCGCUGGCCGGCGGCGGCGGCGGCGGGAGGAAGGAGGACCCAAAUGAUAUUGACCCCAAAAGGAAAGACAUGCGUGGCAGUGAUGGGGAGGACAAAGCACAAAGUGUGGAGACGCUACCUCCAGGAAAAGUUCGGUGGCAAGACUUCGAUCAAGACGCUUAUGUUGGCGCUACCAUGGUGCGAUCUGGUCAGGAUCCAUAUGCCCGCAAUAAGUUCAAUCAGGUAGAAAGUGACAAACUGCGAAUGGACCGAAGCAUUCCUGACACUAGGCAUGAUCAGUGUCAACGGAAACAAUGGAGGAUAGAUUUGCCAGCCACUAGUGUGGUGAUCACCUUUCAUAAUGAAGCAAGAUCUGCUUUGCUUCGAACUGUUGUCAGUGUCCUUAAAAAAAGCCCAUCGCAUCUUAUUAAGGAAAUCAUACUGGUGGAUGACUACAGUAAUGAUUCUGAGGAUGGUGCUCUCUUGGGAAAAAUUGAAAAAGUGCGGGUUCUUCGAAAUGAUCGCCGAGAAGGCUUGAUGCGCUCCCGUGUCAGAGGGGCAGAUGCAGCACAAGCAAAAGUACUGACCUUCCUGGAUAGUCACUGUGAAUGCAAUGAACACUGGCUGGAACCGCUUUUGGAAAGAGUAGCUGAGGACAAGACCAGAGUUGUGUCUCCUAUUAUUGAUGUAAUUAAUAUGGACAACUUCCAGUACGUGGGGGCGUCAGCUGAUUUAAAAGGCGGCUUUGAUUGGAACCUGGUGUUCAAGUGGGAUUACAUGACACCAGAGCAAAGAAGAGCACGGCAAGGAAAUCCAGUUGCUCCCAUAAAGACACCCAUGAUAGCUGGUGGGUUAUUUGUGAUGGACAAAUCCUAUUUUGAAGAACUAGGGAAGUAUGACAUGAUGAUGGAUGUUUGGGGUGGAGAAAACUUAGAGAUCUCAUUCAGAGUUUGGCAAUGUGGUGGGAGCCUAGAAAUCAUCCCUUGUAGCAGAGUGGGUCACGUAUUUCGCAAACAGCAUCCUUACACGUUUCCUGGGGGGAGUGGUACCGUGUUUGCAAGAAAUACACGCAGGGCAGCAGAAGUCUGGAUGGAUGAGUAUAAAAAUUUCUAUUACGCAGCAGUGCCUUCAGCCAGGAAUGUACCUUAUGGCAAUAUUCAAAGCCGAAUGGAACUCAGAAAGAGACUUAGCUGCAAACCCUUCAAGUGGUAUCUUGAAAAUGUUUAUCCUGAGUUACGGGUACCUGAUCAUCAAGAUAUAGCUUUUGGGGCUUUGCAGCAGGGUACCAAUUGCCUUGACACUUUGGGCCAUUUUGCAGAUGGUGUUGUUGGAGUUUAUGAAUGCCAUAAUGCUGGAGGAAAUCAGGAAUGGGCCUUAACAAAGGACAAGUCGGUGAAACAUAUGGAUUUGUGCCUUACUGUUGUGGACAGAGCACCUGGUUCACUAAUAAAACUUCAGGGCUGUAGGGAAAAUGACAGCAGACAGAAAUGGGAACAAAUUGAAAGCAAUUCUAAACUGAGGCACGUUGGCAGCAACCUCUGUCUAGACAGCCGAAAUGCCAAAAAUGGUGGUCUCACUGUUGAGAUCUGCAGUCCUUCUUUGUCGCAACAGUGGAAAUUCACACUUAAUCUGCAGCAGUAGAAGGACUUACAGGCAAAAUGCUGUUUUGAUUCAUAGACGUUGGGCAAAGUUUUGAUUGAAUUACUGAUGUAUUUCUUAAAACUUUCCACGGAACUUAUAUACCUCAGUAUUCCACCUUUAUCUGAAAGUAGGAGAGUGCUGAAGCAGA